CUCGGGAGGAGGGAGAGAGGGAGGGGCGAGGUGAAGGUGGGAGGAGCGAGGCCCAGAGUGGGCGGCGCGAGGUGCCUGCGGGACCCCAGGCCCGGAGCUGUUCGCCCCUGCUACUCCAGUGUCCCUUCUGCGGAACGCUGGGCUCCAGGACUCGCUUCUAUUGCCAGCGUAGACGUGUGCCCAGAGCAUCAGCCCACCAACUCCCUCUCGCUUGGCGUCCCUCCCUAUUCCUGCCCCUCUGGACCCAGAGGUCAAUCGGAAACCCCUGGUUAGUGGUGAGAAGAGGACCCCGGUGUCCCGGCAGUGGGCGCCCAAGGGAAUUGGAAAUGGGCAGCCUAGAGAGGUGCAUCUGGGGACGCGAAUGGCUCUGAGACCCUUGCCACCUGCCUUUCCUCCCUCCCAUGGCCACGCUGGUGGUCCUCGCCACUCUCGGUCCGUUGACGCUGCCUUGAGAGUUGCUCCAAAGUAGGACUCCAGAGCUUGGAGCAGCAUGGGCACUGAGAAGGAAGAGCCGGACUGCCAGAAACAGUUCCAGGCAGCGGUCAGCCUCAUUCAGAACCUGCCUAAGAAUGGCUCUUACCGCCCCUCCUAUGAAGAGAUGCUGCGAUUCUACAGCUACUACAAGCAGGCUACCAUGGGGCCCUGCUUGGUUCCCCGGCCUGGGUUCUGGGACCCCAUUGGACGUUACAAGUGGGACGCCUGGAACAGCCUGGGCAAGAUGAGCAGGAGGGAAGCCAUGUCCGCCUACAUCUCUGAGAUGAAGCUGGUUGCACAAAAGGUGAUCGACACAGUGCCCCUGGGCGAGGUGGCAGAGGAUAUGUUUGGUUAUUUCGAGCCCCUGUACCAGGUGAUCCCUGACAUGCCGAGGCCCCCAGACACCUUCCUGAGAAGGGUCGCAGAUUGGAAAGAGCCAGUGCUGCAUGGAGACGAUCAGACCGCUCCAGAGCCUUCUUGUCUCCCCAAGGAGCCAGUGCCUCCAAGUCCAGAGUCCCCGCCACCCAGGGACUUGGAGCUGGAGGUUUUCUGUGACUCCCUGGAGCAGCUAGAGCCAGAGUUGGUGAGAGCGUCUCUCUUGUCCCCUGUUCCCGCUGUGCCAGAGCUGCCCCGCCUCCACCCUGAGACCUGGGACUCAUCUCAGCAGGUUUGGGCAGAGCAGAGGGGAGCAGCUGGCAGAGAGCUGGACACCAGAAGCAGCCCCGAGCCCCCCAGUGAGAAAGAGGGGUUGGAAGGCAGCCUGAUGGGGCCCCAGGAAUUGGACAGAUGGCUGGUGGGGACAGUCCGGGCCAUGCAAGAAAGCAUGAGGAAUGUUCAGAGGAGACUGCAGAGCCUGGAAAGCAAGCCCCAGCCACGUGAGCAGAGGCCACCCAGGACUCGGCUUUGGCCCCUAGGGCUUUCGGCUCCCACGCUGCUCUUCUUUAUCCUGUGGCCCUUCGUUGUCCAGUGGCUCUUCCGACAGUUUCGGACCCAGAAGAGGUGACUAGAGAAAAGGGUCUCUCUAGCAACUGAGAAGGCUAAUGAGUCCCCACACGUCCUGCUGUGCCCUGAGCCUCCCUAGGUUUAGGGAAACAGCAUUAGAAAUGCCCCUCCUAUCCUCCUUCACCCUGGCACUCCCUCCUUUAGUGGGGGCCCCAUAAGACCCCGCCUUCCCCUGCAGCUCGGCCGACGCCCGGGGUCCCCAGGCUGUCGGGUUGGCUGCUGUCAUGGUGCACAUCCUACCCUUGGGGUUGGCGGUGAGCACCCUCCGACCCCACCCUCUGGGUCACCUGACUUUGCUCCCGCCGAGUCGGCUCCCUGCCGAGGCUCCGCUCUUGGGCAAGUUGGGACUUGGACCUGGCCUGAAGACUGAUUGGCUGGAAGGUUACAGGAAAGACUGGAGCCCGGAGGACCGGGGAGGAAUAGGAGGAGUGUGCAGGCUGGGGGCUGGGACGCCCCGCACACACGCACAAGUACACAUCGCGCUCAGGACUUCACUGAAGAUUCACGUGCAAUUGAACGCUUCAUUAAACAAAAGAAAACCUCA